GGGUUUUCCAACAGUUUCCAUGUCCAUAAAAGGGGAAAAAAGCCCAGACUGCAGCUGAGUUCACAUCGAAUCAGGUUCAGACAAUCAUAUUCCUCAUUAUGAGGUUCAUGAAGCGGUCAGACUGUGCACCAAGAACGACGUGUUUAUUCGCGGAGGUUCGUUUUAUUUUCAACCAUAAUACAGAUACAGUAAGCAAGCCUCCUGAGUUAAAUUCAUCCCAAAGGCGUAACAACAUUAAGUAAUAAUGGAGCCUUUUACGAGUUAACAUUGAGUAAAAUCUGGUAUACACUGCGCUAUUUUAUUGCGUAUAAACAUCAUCUGAAUUCUGCAGACUCCAGACACUGACUGGAUGCCAUACUUCGCGAUUCGGAGCAAGCUUUUAUCUCUGGAAUGAACUGGUUCCUUUGUGCCCUUCUUAUCCAUUGAAAAUAGUGUAUUAGCGAAAGGCGUCUCUAAAAUGAGCAAAAGCUUGCUCCGAAUCACGAGGUAUGUAUAUAGCAAAUGUUUUUAGUAUUCAAAUUGUUAAGUUCACCUGAAUUGAACGAACUCAGUGUACCAUAUUUUAUUCAAAUUUAACUCACUGAGGGCAUAUUGCACAAAAGGCAUGCCUUUUGCAGGUUAUUCUUAACAAUGCUCCGCCAUUGGCACAAUGUGUAAUCGUUCUGCCAGUACAAAAAUAGCCGCUUCCAAAUCACUUGGCUGCGGCUUGGAUUGCAUACAACUUUAUGGAAACUGGCUGCGGCCACCACCAUGCUAUAUACUCGUGCGUCAUUUCUACCCGCAGCCAAGUGACAAAUUCGGACACGAACCAAGCUCCCAACUGCAUGAUGUAGUUUGAAGUCACGAUUGAAUCGUUAGCACCAUAACGUGGUUCUUUGCAGUGGAAACUGGCUGAACGCAGAAAAAAAACAGUUUUGUUGAUAUUUCGUUUUCAUUGAAAUUUGUAGCGUAAACAACAAGCUCACUGCCUUACACCUGGCUUUUAGAGGAACAAAUUCCCACGUGCUCUUACGUGCAGUGCCUUUUGUCAUGCACUCGCCGUAUCAACACAGAACAUUGCAAAGGGAACUCGAUCUCCAUAACAAUGAUAUUUUUCUGCAGCACUUCCUAAUAUGUCCAUGACUCAGCAACGUGGGAAAACACCUGUCGGUGUCGCUAGGCAUGCAUGAGGACGGUGACCAUAAAAGGCGCACUUCUGACAAGCCGUGUACGGGGGCCCGGUAAUCCAGGGCAGGCCCCCAAAAUUCAGUGUUUUCUGAGUUGAAGACCCUGGAGAGGUUUCCAGGAAGCAGGAGGAUUGAAGGAAGAUGCCAGGCAUUUGUCUGCAGAGGCCGGCGAGGUAGCAGGUGUGUCGAGGUCCAGAUGUGCCGGAGAGAGUUUGUGGAAAACAUGCCUUUUGGAGCUCCCCGCACCUUAGGACAGUCGAACCACACCUGAGCUUACAUUGCCGUAGUUGAGGGAGGCAUUGCCAAUAGUCUGGUUAAGGUCCACUGAUCAACAGGAUUGACUCGCAAAAUUGCCGAACAUGAGAGUCUGCAGCCCUGCCGAUUUCUGUGACAGUCAGCCAUUGGUGGAACCGGCUGAUGACGUCAAGAAGGUGAUCGACUUGACGGUUCCUCGGCCGGACAUCAUGCAGGUGGAAGCCGAUACUUUGCGAGUAGCCAGUCGUGAUCCACGCUUGUGGACGAGAGCGGACGUAGUGAGCUGGCUAGAGUGGGCAAGGGGCUUCUACCAGUUGGACAGCGUGGACACGACCAAGUUCGCCAUGAACGGCAGAGGACUCUGCCUGCUGACCCGGAGCGGCUUCAUGAACAGGGCGCCCUCGUGCGGCGACGUCCUGCACAGCGACUUCCAGAGGCGGUACGCGGUUGCCGUCUUGAGAGCGGAGGAGGUGAAGAAAACGAAACGGAGGGCGCUGUGGCGACCCGACGCGACCCAUGGCAAGGACGAUUCCAAAAAGCCGAAAGUAGAAGAAAACCAAUGACCGAGUUGAACUUGUGUACAGUCUAGAAAGAGACAUUGGUACAUACCUCUCUUUGUUAAUACAUGCACACAUGUAUACGUGGAGACCCAUUUACAUUGACAGUCACUUCGCCCUGUAAAGCACUUUCAGCCGUUGUUGGGUCAGAUUUGUGUAAAGAAAUGGUAGGUUACACUUUGUUUAUUCUAGGAAGCGGAAUCUCUUGAUUGAUUUUGCCGGCGUUUUGUGCUUGUUUAUGAGCAACGACAUCAAAAUAAACAGACGGUAUGUUGGGUUUUAUUGUCACUUUGAUUUGUGAGACAAAUUAAAAUUAUUUUGCCAAAUUUGCUAACCUUCAAAGUUGACAAAAAGUGCGACUGUAAAAAAUUAAUUCAAAGUCUUCAAAGUCUGAGGCCGAGUCAGUCCGAAUAACCGAGUAUUCAGAUAUUUAUCUUCCGCUCAACAGAAUGAAUAAGAUUUCGGUUAUGAUUAUAAAGCAAAGCAAUGAAAAACUCUCUCAUGAAAUGAAAUAUUCUCAGGCUUAAUUAGGCAGGCUCAAUUGGCUGUCACAAAAUCUGUUGUCUGGAGUUUAAUAUUCACCCCAUUGCAGAGGCGCGUGGCAGCUGUCUGUGAGCUGGCUUCAGACAAGACCUUUGUAUCAUUAGUUGAAGUUAAGUAUUUUUAUUUGAUCUUGUAUUAGACUUACUGUUACGGUAACAACUUCAAAGUUAGGGGAUAAAAAUUAAAAAAAAAAGUUGAA